UGCACGUUGAAUUCCUCGUUUAGUCAAAAUGCAAGAUUUACCGGGAUUUGCUGAUCCCAAUACAGCUGUGGAUAUAGAUCCUGACGAUGAACCGGUUAAAAAGAAAGGACCUAAAAAAAGUGGUGGAUUUCAGUCUAUGAAUUUGAGUUUUAAUUUAAUUCGAGGUAUCACUAAAAGGGGCUAUAAACAACCAACACCAAUUCAAAGGAAGACAAUUCCUUUGAUAUUAGAAGGAAGAGAUGUUGUUGCUAUGGCUCGAACAGGCAGUGGUAAAACUGCUUGUUUUCUAAUUCCCAUGUUUGAGAAGUUAAAAAUUCGCAGUGCGAAAGCCGGAGCAAGAGCUCUGAUAUUAUCACCAACCAGAGAAUUGGCACUACAGACACUUAAAUUUAUCAAAGAAUUGGGAAGGUUCUGUGAUCUCAAGGCUGCAGUAAUUCUGGGUGGUGAUUCAAUGGAUGAUCAAUUUUCUGCCAUCCAUGGAAAUCCAGAUAUAAUUGUUGCAACUCCUGGCCGUUUCUUGCAUGUAUGUGUUGAAAUGGAAUUGAAGUUGAACAGUAUAGAAUAUAUAGUAUUUGAUGAAGCCGACAGAUUAUUUGAAAUGGGAUUAGGAGAACAGCUUACAGAAAUAGUGGGGCGAUUGCCAGAUGCCAGACAAACUGUUAUGUUUUCUGCAACUCUACCAAAGGUCUUAGUAGACUUCGCAAAAGCAGGUUUAAGCGAUCCAGUGCUUCUUAGAUUGGAUGUGGAAUCAAAGUUGCCUUCAACUUUACAACUGUGGUAUUUUCCAGUCAGACCAGAGGAAAAAUUAGCUGCACUAUUGGUUCUGCUUAAAUCACACAUUGACAAAAAACAACAGACAGUGGUUUUUGCUGCUACCAAACAUCAUGUGGAAUAUUUACAUGUGAUUUUGGAUAAAUUUGGUAUAAGCAACACUUAUAUUUAUUCAAACUUGGACCCCUCCGCCCGCAAAAUCCACGCAGCGAAAUUCAGUACAGGAAAAGUUAAAGUUCUUGUUGUAACAGAUGUUGCUGCAAGAGGUAUAGAUAUACCUCAAUUGGACAACGUGAUUAAUUACAAUUUCCCUGCUAAACCCAAAUUGUUUGUGCACAGAGUUGGUCGUUGUGCCAGAGCUGGAAGAGAUGGUACUGCUUUCUCACUGGUUACACCUGAUGAAUAUGCAUAUCUAGUCGAUUUGUAUCUAUUUCUUGGACGACCUCUCGACAUUGCAACUGAGAAAAAUAAACAGGGAUCCAUAGGAAAAAUUCCGCAAUCCUUGAUAGAAGAACAGCACAGUUCCCUUGUCACACUUCAUGAUAAUCAAAUUGAUUUGGUUAGUAUGAGGAAGGUCACAGAAAAUGGAUAUCAGCAAUACUUAAGAUCUAGACCACCAGCAUCAAGUGACAGUAACAAAAGAAUAAAAGAACUUCCAAUAUCCACAUGCUAUAUUCAUCAUCUGUUCAAGUCUAGUGAAUUUGAAAGUGAAUGUGAAAGGGAAAGUCUUUUGGAUAAAAUGAAAAAUUAUAGACCUCAAGGAACAAUAUUUGAAAUCUGUGGUAAAAAUAAAUCUCAAGAAUAUUUAACAAUGAAAGAAAAACGAGCAGUGCACAAGGAUAAAAUAGCAGAUCAUCAUCAGAAAGUUGAGAAGAAAAAAAUUGAAAUUGAAUCUGCCUUAACUACCCAUGAAACAAAUUUACAGAGCAGUAAUCAGGAAGACAUACAAGAAACAUUUCAAAAAGUUGUGGUUCCCAAAAAAAGAAAAAUUGAUGAUUUGUAUAAACCUAAAAACAAAAAGCAGAAAGUUAAAGAUGAAAAUUAUAUUCCAUAUGCUCCUAAGGAUCAACAUACAGAAGAAGGAUUGGCAAUUAAUAGUUUUGUCAAAGAAGCAAACAGAGUGCAAAUGGACAUAACUGGGGAUUCUGAAGAAACUAUGAGGAUUGCAAAACAAACUAAAAAGUGGGAUAGAGUAAAGAAAAAGAUGGUUGGAGUGCCUGAUCCCAAAGCAGGAAAAAUUAAGACAGAAUCUGGAGUGUGGAUUCCCGCUACCUUCAAAAGUAAUCGCUACGCGCAAUGGAAAGAAAAGACAAAAGUGGAUAAUGAGGAUAACAAUGAUGAUGAGGAAGAGGAUAAUACACCUCAAAAUGUUACAAAAGGACGUCCAAACACUCACUGGGCUAGACAUAAUGAAAAGAUAAAGUUGAAACAAAGGAAGUCUGAGAUGAAGAGUACAGACCAAAUUCUGAAGGCCAGACAGAUUGCUGAAAAGAAAAAGCAAAGACAGAAAGGCAAAAAAGGCAGAGGUAAAGGUAAAGGGAAGAGACCUAGAAAAUAGAAUGUAUAUAAAGUAUUUUAUAAAAUAAAUUUAUUAUUCAUUUUGCCUACA